UCAACUUUCAUUUUAAGCUAUGUUUGUUAAAUGUUUUUAUAUGAGUUCGGGUUAUUUAAUUACGACAUACUAUUUAUUGAAGUGACAUUUUCAAGAUGAAUUAAAUAACGCUGAUGAAAUAGACACGACGUGACGUUAAAAUGACUUCUGAGAGCGAUGUUCUAAAAACAAAUGAAUUUCUUCGUCGUCGAAAAUUGAGACUUCAACAGGUAAGAGAACAAUCAAAAGAUAUUGCAAAGAAAAUACGACAACGUGCUAAAGUUGAAAAGUUACGGCAGACAAUAAAUCUUGAUGCAAAGAAAGAAAAAGAAUAUUUUGAUUUACAAGAAAAAUUUGUGGGAAGAUUAGAACAGUUGCAUUCACGGAGUGUAGAAAAUGUUGGAUCUAGUCAUAGGAAUGCUGCUGAAGCUUUAGUGCAAGAGAAACAAACUAACCAAGAUAUAUCAAAACUACGUGGCAAAGAGGCAGUAGCAGAGCUACGUAAAAGAAAGCAAGAUAAACUAGAUGAACAAAAGAAAAUUCUUGAUAGGAAGUUGCAGGCUAGGGAAGCAGCAAAUGAACUUUUUAGAGACAAACAUGUAUCUGUUGCAAACAAGAUACUAAACUCUAAAUCUAGUGACAAUAUACAGAAACAAUUAGAGGAACCUAUUGUUACUGAAAUAAAUAACAAUCCAGUGGAAAAGGACAAGGCAGAGAGAGAUACAUCUAAAAAUGAUAUGGCUACACAGUGGGAGGUUGAUGAGUUACCUGACGAAUGGGGCUCCAGUGUUCCAACACUGUCUGUUCCAAAAGAUGAUAGGGACUAUAGAAAACAUUUAGAAAACGAAAAAUCUGAGCAUAAAAGAUUGAAUUUAUUUGCAUUAAGUGAUGAAAUGCCAUCUAGUCUCCGAGGUGGUAAUAGCAAUAUGUCUAAUCAAGCAUGCCAACAAAAAUCUUCGGUUAAUAUGGUCUCUGAAUAUUUACAAACUAGAAACUUACGUUUGAGAGAAGAAAAACCUGUCAGUACCAAGAAAUCUGACGAUUUACAGAGUAUCAAACAAACAAUACUAAGGAGUCGAGCCUCAAAAAUUGAUGUUUCAGGCAGGAAUGACAGUUCAAAAACUAAUUCGGCAUUAAAUAAAAAACCAUCAGUGACAAUGUACAAUCACAGCACAAGAGAUACAAGAGAGUCAUAUAAUAAUGAAGCAGCCGUUGUUCGUGAGCAAAACACAAGUGACGAUGCAUAUUUAAAUGCUCUAAAGGAAACAUCUAUUUUAAAUGAAGUUAAAUCCCAAGAGCUUGAGAAGAAGAGAGAGACUUUAAGAAAUAAAGUGGCUGCGACAAGGGAAAAUGUGGAUAAAGAAUACAAAGAUACUCUGUCAUUUUUAAAUUCGUUAUCAAAAGAAAAACCCUCUAGAACAAAUAAUAUCUCUCACAUGGGUUAUGAAAGACUUCAAAUACAAAAGGACAAACGGCAGAAGCAAAUGCAAGAUGAAUUUAGAAAGAUUGAGAAGGAUUCCGUCAAGAAGACCUGUAAGCAUAAAAAUCGUGCAGAUAGAGGUCACUCAAGGUCACCCGAUAGCUUUGAGCGGCCAUUUCAAUAUGACUGGAUGCCAGUCCCGGAAAGCGAUUUCGCCCACACUCUACCGAAUAGAAAUAGCGUUAAAUUCAACGAUGUCGACACAUACCACGAAUACAGAUCGCGAUACAGACACACACCUCCGACAAAACUAAAGAAAAAAGACAAACAAAAUACAUUGGUCGUUGAGGACACGUCAGAAACGGAUAUGUCCGAACGGACGGAUUUUGAUGGACAGUCGGACGGUGAUAGAAUUGUCAUUUAUAAGAUUUUGGAUUCCAAACGCAAGAGGGACGAUAAGAAAGCGAAAGCGAUUAAUAGGAUUUUUAAAUCUGCCAAAGGUGAUAGAUGUGGGAAGGAUGAUGAGGUCCAGGAGAAUACUAAGAAUGCUGAGAGCGCUUUUACGGUGAAGCAUGUGGAAGCUUUGGAGAAUCUGAACGAAGGUAUCUACAAAGUUGGGGAAAAUGGAGCCUUCAAUGUUAUGAGUUGUUACACAAGCAAUGUUGAGAUGUGGAAGACGUGUACAGAAAGAAAAUCUUGGUGGGAUAACAUUACGUCUGCCUAUUUUGAAAAUAAUAGCAAUGUACCGACAGAGCAACAGGGCGGCAGUAAGAAGUCUGUUACGCCAAAUGUUGAACAUCAAGCUCCAAGCACCAGUGCCAAGAAUAGUACGUCUUUAAGAUGCGACCACUCAUGUCCUGGUUGCAAAUGCCGCCAUCAACCAUUGUCUGCGCCACAAUCCACUUGUUCCUUUCAAACGGCCCCCAAUGACGCACCCGAAGGGUUCGUCAAGUUAAUGGAUGGACAGGAACCUGGAAAGUUCUACAUUGGAGCGUCUGGCUUCUUAAAAGACGACAACUACGAAGUUGUGAUUCAAUUGAAGAAGAAAGAAAUGGAAAAGAAAGAAAUUGAAAAAGAAGAAAAGAAUUCCAAAUCCCAAGAAGCAGAAGAUGUUAUUAAAGAUUUGACAAAACCCGAUUCUAUUGAUUCUGAAGAAACGAAGACUUUGUCAAAAGAUACCGAAGCACCAUUCACAGUUAAUGUGAGGGAGAGUGCAGCACAGACUUCAGUUGACCAAGGUGUCUCCGUGGAUGUGACUCAAGAGCUGGAACAAGUUAAACCUAAAAACGUGGAAGACAAGAAUGUUAAUACAACAUUCCGAGAUUCCUUUGCGAUUCCCGAUGAUGUCCCGAAGAGUGAACCCGUUAGGCCAGCCACCUCCACCUAUACCCAGACAUCGUUCAGUUCACCCAAUUCCAGACCGGUUUUCAUGCAUAUGACGUCAUCUACGUCCACGGCAUAUAUGAGUCCCCCCGACUUUAUCGUUCCACAGGUCUUGAGACAUCGCAUUCCAGAUGUUCACAUUGAAAGACUGUGCUCCCAUUCUUCCAGAGCACGGAGAUGUAGACACAUCAGCAGCACCACCGAGACUCCGCCGAAUACGGCACGAAAUGAUGAGACAAAUGAAAAGAUACACAAAGUUUGCCACAAAAAUCGCAGACACAAAAGUGUGUCUUUACACAGAGGCUCGUCAAAGUCCACACAUGGAACGCAUUCGACGAAAACUGUGCCCAAAUUGCGAAUAUCGGAUGACAAAAUUAAUCCCGUGGUGAAGAAAUAUGUGAACAAAUUAUUAGCUCUUAAUAAAGAGGGGAAGAAAGCGAUCCAAGUAAUCAAUCAGGAUUGCAGCUCUGUCAAUACGCCGAGUAGUUCUAUCGUCAAUGCGCCUCACAAUAUGGAAAUGGACGCUUCGUUGGAUAACAAAAUCUCUUUGGAACAAAUAAAAAUCAUGCUCGAACAACAGAUAGUCGACGAAUACGCGAAACGCGCGAAUAAAGAUCGACUCUCCGACUCAACACACAAUAGGAGCUCGCAAAAACUGCCAAAAAGAAAACAAGUGCACAAAGUGAAGUCCCUAAACAUAUCGAGGCAUUUAUUCAAAAAUAAACAGACAAAUGAUUCGCAUCAUCAUAUAAACUUCAAUUCGAAGCAGUCCUCUUCAUCGACGUAUGACCGUUUGACGCAGAAUAACGGCGAAUUAUUGGCCAAAUCGGAAAGAAAAGAAAAGAGUAGAAAGAUAAUUCCACCCCCCAAACAGAACCCCUCGAAGACCGAACUGACUUCUACUGAAAACAUACAGCCGAAACGACACCCGCGCCUGACCCCUUGCUCCUCAAAUCACACAAAAAGUGAUGAUUACACUCUUUACCGACAUCGUCCUGCUUCAAUGUCCUCGGAUUCCGAAAAAAGAGACGUUCACACGGCAUCUUCACACGUUCCUCCCACAGACUCCAAUCACACCAGUGGGAUCGAAAGCGAAAUUAAUUUUAUAAAAGCUGCCGAGAAUAAGCUUCAAAAUAUGGAUAAAAUCGCUGACCUCACCGAGAAAUGUAUGAAUCGGUUGUCUAACCUGGCCAAGGUACUGGAAGAAGUGAGAAAGAACAAGUCAAUGGUGUACAGUCAUAUUUCUACCUCGGAUACUGCGUCAGACUCUGAGUCAAAACAGAAAAUCCCAGAUGGUCGAAAAGUUUGUAUGACCGAGGAAAGAAACGAUAAUCUUCUCGAUGCCCGUUCUCAAGAAAACGCAUGCGAAUAUAUUCCUCUACUUCAAGACAUACCUAAACCGCUGACACCUUCCACUCUAUCUCUUUCUACUAUCAGCGAAAAGUCUAACGCUCCGUCUUCUACAAGUGAUCAGACCAAGCACAAGGCGAGGCCUCCGCCUGCUCUAUCCAGGAUUAAUCUAAAGACCACACCGGAUAAUUUCGUGAUACCACACGAACUCUCCACAGUUAUGGAAGUCGAUUCCCCAAUGAGCGUCAAAUUAAAGAAUCAAUCAUCGCGCCAGAACUUGUAUCGGGAAUCUCAAGAACCAACCGUUAGUGACGAUCGUGUUCCAGAAGAUAUGCAAUUGGAGCAGAAUAAACUUGUGAAACAAGAAAAUUCAUCUAAAACUCGAUCGAAAACUCCCUCUCUUACCUCUGAUGAUACAAAGAUGGAAAUGAUGGAUAUGAAAAUAUUUAAUGAUAUUAUGCUCAAGCCAUUUGUGAGUUUGCAAGAGUACGCAAAACAAUGCAGCGUUCCUAUCGAAGACGCUUCUAAUAUGGAGGAUCUGCCCAAAAACGAGCAAGGGGGCGGCGAAAUCAGCUCAUUACAUUCCGAUGGCAGCCUUCCUGAUGUAAUUUCAGAGUUAUUGAAGAGAAAACUAAUUAGUGAGCCGUUCAAAUUCGAUACGGCGACGGCAUCACACCUCACCACCAGCCAGUCAUCGGAGUCUUCUCUAUCACUCUUGGCCUUAUCUAACAUGUACAAAGCAAAAAGAAGAUCGAGCAAGCGCAACGCAAACAAAGAGAAUCUUACGGAGACUUCGGAAACGCUAAGUCUAUCCUCAAAUCCAGAUUUGGAAAAUGCCUUUCAGAAACUCGGUAUGGGCUGGGCUUCUUCUACUUUGAAGAAGACAAAAGAGAGGUUGGCGUUGUCGUCUUCUUCGAACACAUCCAGUUCCAGCUAUAGUCAGUUGAAAUUUAAAAGCUUUAAUAAGGAUCCUCCUACUUUAGCCACCGAUUCUUCUCUAUCUGAUACAAAUAGAUCUAAAAAUGUCGGUGACAGUGCAAAAAAUGCAGUACAGCAAACCUCAGUCACCAAUUCAAUGAUUGUCAAAGAGUUUCUCACAAACGAACUGGCUAAAAAAAUAACUUUUACAAAUCAAUCGAGUAGAAAUGCUGACGAAUUUGUGUCCUUGUAUGAAACAAAAAUGCCGGAGGAAAUUAGGGACACGCCAGAGAAGAGUAGAGAAGAUGAUCAGUCUGUCGCGAGCCAAACGAAUAGGGCGAGAACUUCCACCCCGGUGCAAAUUUUCAAAUCUACCACAUAUCACACGACUUCCAGUUCCAACAAUUCCAAUGGAUUAUUUAGCAAUGCUGAAGAACUGUCUUCGGUGAAAGUGACCUCUACCUCCAUACGGAAUCAUUCCACUUCUGAUAAAGAUGAUUUAACCAUUCCAAAUUGCAGCCUCAAAAGAAAAGGCUCUGAUAAUAGCAAAAGCGCGUGACCAUUUUUUUUAUACUUAUUUUGUUAUUUAUAUUUUUUUAUACAUUCCUACUUGUCUUAAAAACUUUGUUAAUGUUUUGUUUUGACUAUAUGUAUAUAAUAUGGAGAUAAAGAUUUAAUAAUAUUGAGUAAUAAAUUCAACAUGUACUUAAUUAACGUUUUUAUUUGCAAAGUCUAAUUGCAUCUUAGAUUCCUUAACCACAAUCUAAAGAAGUACUUGACAAACUGCAUUCAGUAGUUCAACUAAAACUGUUCUUAUUUUCUCAAAAUCUUUUUUGCAAUCGGAAACUUAUUUGUCUAAGGGUCUAUUUCACAAUGUAUGGAUAAAGUACCAAAUAGCUAUGCAAUA